AUGAACACUGACUGACUUGAAGAAGAAGGAAUUUCAUCCUAUGGAACUCUCCCACCACAAAAUGCUGAAGAAAAAGCUUCAUCUCCUAAGUCCCCCCCCCCCCCCUCCGUGAGCGAACAAAAAAAUUUUGUUCGCUCACGGAGGGGGGUUAAUUUUUUUUUUUAAAAAAAAAUUUAUAUAUAAAUUUUAUAAAAAAUAUUUUUUUCGAAAUUUAAAAAAAUCCUAAUUUGCAAAAAUUGGGAAAGCAAAAAUAUUAAUUUAAUUUGCAAAAUUUAUGUUUUAAAACGCAAUUUGUUUAAAAUUAAACAGAAUUAGCUCUAGAUUUCAUUAUACUAAUUAUCACUUAUAUAUCAAAAUUUUUUUCCAUUAAAAUUUUUUCUAUUAAAAAAAUUUUUGUUCACUCACGGAGGGUGGGUUUUUGGUCAAAAAAUGGCGAUUUUUCUAAUGGUUUUGUUCGCUCACGGAGGGGGGGGGGGGAGUAAGAAAAAUCCCAGAGCUUGAAACCUUAACCAUAAAAUCUGAACUCAGCAAGCACAAAAUAUGAGAAUUAGCUUACUAUCAGCCUUAUUUCGACGUCGACACCCAAACUGUAUUUUCUCGGCUGAAAAGCACAGUAAACAUGAUAAGUGACGGGAGUUUCUUCGAAAAUAAGCAGCCAGAUAUGUACGUACCUUUUUGGACGGCCACAACCUUAAUAUUCCUAUUCGCCGCAAUUAGCGCUAAUUCAGUUUCAGACACUGCGGUCUCACAGUCUGCAGGUGCAAAAUUGGUAUCAAUAGCCUCCUUUAUGUACUCAGUGGCCUUUUUAAUCCCAUCAAUUGGGUAUUGCUAUGCAAGUCACGAAGGGAGUUCAGUUAGUAUGAUAGAACUGGUAGCUUUAUACGGGUACUCACUUAUCCCUUUCUUAUUUGCAGGAAUUAUUUGCAUCUUUUCUCAUUAUAUCGUCAGAUGGUGUGCUAUGAUAUUUGGCUGUGCAUGGGCAAGCUAUUUUUUCUAUAAGUGAAUUCCUAUACAAAAUGAUGCUGUUUUAGAGAGCAAAAAGUAUGCGAUAUGUGGAUUGGCCUCUCUAGGGCAUAUACUAUUAGUAAUAUUAGCUAAUACUUAUUUCUUUUAA